GUUGCGAACUACAAAACCUUUCGUUCUCUCCUCGUGUUUUCUCAUUGCAAGACAAAAGAAUUGGGUAGAGCUGGGUUGGAAGAUGCUGGCAGUUGAGGAACUUCUGAGUGAACUCGCAGGAGAAGAAGUAAACGAGCAGGGUUUGCCGCCGGGGUUCCGGUUUCACCCCACCGAUGAAGAACUUGUGACCUUUUAUUUGGCUUCAAAGGUAUUUAACGGAAAUUUCUGCGGAGUGGAGAUUGCUGAGGUUGACCUUAACAGAUGUGAACCAUGGGAGCUUCCAGAUAUGGCAAAAAUGGGGAAGAGGGAGUGGUACUUCUUCAGCCUGAGGGACAGGAAAUACCCGAGCGGGCUUAGAACGAACAGAGCCACGGGAGCCGGGUACUGGAAAGCCACAGGAAAAGAUAGGGAAGUGUACAGUGCCUCAAGCGGAGCUCUUUUGGGCAUGAAGAAAACCCUUGUUUUCUACAUGGGCAGAGCACCCCGUGGGGAGAAGACCAAGUGGGUCAUGCAUGAGUACCGCUUGGACGGUGACUUCGCCUGCCGUCCCACCUGCAAGGAAGAAUGGGCGAUUUGCAGAAUAUUUAACAAAACGGGUGAGAAGAAAAAUGCCCUAUCUCAAGGAAAAAGCCAUGUGAUGGCUGUAUCAUCGUGUUCAACGACUUUCUCGCCGCCGUUGCUUGAAAACCCAUGUCCAGCAUCGUUUUCAGAGUCUCAAUCUCAAACUCUAAUGCAAGAUCACAAUUCUUAUCUGAUUCACCGCCAUGAAAAUGACCUGAAAUACCUGAUAAACCCCGUUGUCUCACAAUUACACUCUCGGCUCUUCCCGUCCAAUGGGUUACUUUCAGCCACUUCCACCAUUACUAAUAGUGGCACAACCGACAAUCACACUUUGACAAACGACAACAACUCAUCAGUAUCGAUGCUCUUCAACUCCCUACUCUCACAUCAAGGUUGCUUCUCGAGGGAACAAACUACUAUUCCCAAACAGCGCAAGACGGAGGCCAACUUUUCCCAUUUAGAUUCCAACACCAGCGUGAACUGGAUGGACAAGAUUCAUCCCAACCCAGGAUGUCAAAAUCCCUGGUUGUUUGAGAUGGAUUAUACUGUGUUGGGGUUUUCUGAAGGUGCAGUUACUGGCCAUGAAAUGUCCACCUCAAUGGCUUUCGAUAAAGCCAGCGGUCAGAUGAUUUUAAAUCCUCCCACCUCUGCCUCUGGAGAAUCCUGGCCGCUAGAUUGUUAA